GCCUUCAGAGGCGAUGGUGACCACGGAGAGCGCGGAGCCCGGAGGGGUGAGAAAGAUGCUGAAGCCCUUAGUGGAGAAACGGCGGAGGGACCGUAUCAAUAGAAGCCUGGAAGAACUUCGCCUCCUCCUCCUGCAGAGAACCCACUGCCAGACUCUGAAGAACCCCAAAGUGGAGAAAGCGGAGAUACUGGAGAUCGCAGUAGGAUACCUACGAGAGAUGAACUCUGCUAAACCCCAGGGCGCUGACCUCCCGGAAGACGGGACCCUGCAGACCUGCUACAUGAUGGGAUUCCGGGAAUGUCUCCUCGGCCUGGCGGCUUUCAUCCAGCAGGCCCACCCUUCCGUCCAGAGCCACCUGCUCGACACCUUGCACCUGUACCUCGCGUCCAAGCCGGAGCCCCGCAGCCACGACUGGAGCUGCGGGUCGCUCUCUCCGAGCUCUUCCUUGGGGGAGACGCCUCCGAGGACCCCGGAGGCCUUCUGCUCCCCUCUGAAGCAGACCGACGAACCGUUGCGCAGCCCGGACCCGCCUCGCGCCAUCGGGGGACCACUCGGGAGCCAGCAGAGACACACCCACCAGGGCACGGCCUCCCCCAAACGGAUGCCCCCACCACAGGCCUACUGGAGACCUUGGCCCUAG